UUGAGCAUCCAGAUGUUAGGAUGUUGAGUUACAGCCCUGGUCCUUGUGAUACCGACAUGCUUCAUGCUGUCAGGAAUGAGGCUGGUUUUGCUUCAACUAAAGCUAGCUUCCAAGACCUUGUUCGUAAUAAUCAAGUUCUCAGUGUAGCUGAGUCAAUUAGCAAACUGAUGGAGUUGAUCAAAGAAGACAAGUUUAAGAAUGCUGCCAUCAUUGACUAUUUUGAUUGAUAGAUUAUUCUAUAAUGAUAAAUUUAUUUGGGGUGUGUCUUCCAUUUAACAUCAACAUCAUGGCUGCUUUCUUCAAAAGAUCAACAUAUUGUAUUGUAACUGGGGCCAGUGGAGGUUUAGGAAGAGAAUUAGCAAUCCAAUUAUCACGAGAAUGGUCUGCUACUGGCUCUACUAUUGUUCUUGUCUCGCGUAAUGUUUCUAAGCUCCAGGAAACUAAAGAAAUGAUAGCCAAAUCAAGUCCUGUCAAUGUUACCAUUGUCCCAGCUGACCUUGGGGAUCUUGCUUGCUUAUCUGACAUAUCCACAAAAAUACUGGAUGGAUACAGCUCUGAAAAAUACAACCAAGCAGCCAUUUUUCACAAUGCUGGUUCCCUGGGUGAUAUUGUUACUCCUACUGCAGAUCAAACUGAUCCUGCUGCUAUUGCUCAAUACCUCACUGCUAACUAUACUUCAAUGUGGAUUCUAACCACACGCUUCCUCUCUUGCAUCAAAACUGGACCAAGAUUCAUCAUGAACAUGUCAUCGCUUGCUGCAAAGAUACCUUUUGGUGGUGGUGUAGCUUAUGCAUCAAUUAAAGCAGCUAGGAAUGUUUUUCUCAAAGCAUUGGCUAUUGAGCAUCCAGAUGUUAGGAUGUUGAGUUACAGCCCUGGUCCUUGUGAUACCGACAUGCUUCAUGCUGUCAGGAAUGAGGCUGGUUUUGCUUCAACUAAAGCUAGCUUCCAAGACCUUGUUCGUAAUAAUCAAGUUCUCAGUGUAGCUGAGUCAAUUAGCAAACUGAUGGAGUUGAUCAAAGAAGACAAGUUUAAGAAUGCUGCCAUCAUUGACUAUUUUGAUUGAUAGAUUAUUCUAUAAUGAUAA